GGUAGUCUAAACAAAGUAUAUCGUAAAUGUAAUGUGUGUGAAACAGCUUUAUUUAACGUCCGCUUCCACCGAGGUGAUAUCGCAGACAAUUAACAGGAAACAGAGAUAACCAAUAACCUGUAAAGCAAGAUGUCACUAGAAGGUGAUGAAUUGGUCAAGGCAAAUGCUCAUGAAGUAGUCGAAUUCUUUAAAGCCAUCAAAUCAAAUAACAUCAAAUGUGUCACACGAAUGUUGAAAAAGAAAUUAGUUGAGACCAAUGUUUGUGAUCUGGACGAUUCCUGCAAAUCUCCUGCUUUGUUGGUAGCUUGUCGGCUUGGAUAUAAAGAAAUUGUUUCUAUUCUUUUAAAAGAUAAAAACAAACCCGCAGACGUCAAUGCCGAAAACUUGAUAGGAAUACGCCCAAUAUGGGUAGUAGCACAAACUGGAAAUGGUGAACUAGCCGAACUGUUAUUGGCAGGAAACACAUGUCAAGUGAAUUAUAUUGAUAAAGAUUCCGGAUGCAGUCCACUGUACAAGGCAGUGUUGGGUAAUCAUACCGAGGUUGUACAACACAUGAUACAUGUUGGGGCAGAUGUGAACACAAGGCGCUUUGGACUUGAGUUAGAAGGAGAAACUGUCCUAAUCAAGGCUAUCCAACUCAAUAAUAAGGAUAUGUGUGAACUUCUAAUAAAUUCUCUGUGUGAUCUGAAGGCUAAAACUAGUGGUGGUUUAACUGCAUUACAUUAUGCUGUUUCGUAUUGUCGAUACGAAAUAUGCGAUCUUCUUUUAGAAAAUAAAAUUAAAUUACAUUCGUCAACUCCUGAAGGUGCCACCGCCAUGACAGUUGCAAUUGACCAAAACAACCCAGUAAUGGUUCAGAAGCUGUUAGACUGGGGUUACAAAAUGGACAGCAAAUAUAAAUAUUUAGAAACACCGUUAGAACAAGCGAUUAAAGUGCAUCACGAAGAUUGUGCUAUGGUUUUAGUAAAAUAUGGAUGCUGCGUAGUCAGAAAGAAACAUAAACAAUCUUAUUUCAAGAUGGCUGUUAACGAAAAACUGGAACGUUUGAUGGAGCUUCUUGUGGAUGUUUAUCCUUGGUUUCUGAAAGAAAAGUGGAUUUGGAAACGACAGUGGCCCGUUUCUAUCUAUAAUACACCACGUAUCAUAGAAUGGCUCAUAUCACAAUCUUCAAACACCAAAACUUUAAGAUAUUUGUGUAGGAGCAGAAUUUUCAGAACAUUGGGUCAUUUCCCAAGUGUCAAAAUGGAUCAGCUACGUAUUCCAGAGAAUAUCCGGGAAUAUAUUUCAUUGAAUAAUACAAAGGUGGCAUUGGAAGAAAAUGUGCUGCUUUCUGAAGACUGCCCCUAUGAUUGUCCUGCAAUGUGUUCACGCCGUUAUUGCCCCCCAUUAGAUAUCUCUGAUACAGACGAAGAUAUGGAAGCCUAUAACUACCAUUCAUAAUUUCUACUUUUCGCCCCUUCAAAACACCAAAGUCGAAAAGUAGAAGUUACGACAAAAUGUGAGACGACGGCACGCAAUACAAGCCAAAAUCGACUCGAAAAUAGGAAAUUAAGAAAUAAUACACCGCGAUAAUAGCGCCCCUCGUUUUUUCCUAAUUUCUUAUUUUCGACUUGCAUUUUGGCUUGUGGUACCGUCUUGUCGACUUUCGCCUUAGACAUAUUUUUGUAUUAUUGAUGUCAAGUAAGAAGGCGCCAACACGCAUACCAAGCCAUCAUGCAACUCGAAAAGUAGAAAUUGGGAAAUAAACACACGCGCUAUUAGCAACCUAUCAUUUUGGCUUGCUGUCGUACUGGCGACUUUUCGAGUUUCGCCUCGGAAGUGGUUGUAGUCUCAAUUUACCAGGUCACAUUUAAAUACGUGCAAACAGGGCUCACACUGGCUUUCAUUUUUUUACGCCAAAUGGGUAAUAACUUUUAUUUAAAAAAAUUGUUCAUAUUUUUUCUCCGCCAACUAUACGAAGAUGCCCCCAUUAGAUAUCCCUGGUACAGACGAAGACAUCGACACCUAGUCUAUUAAUUUAUUA